AUGCAAGGAAGCGCCACGCUAGAGAGUGCCACGCUAGAGAGUGCCACGCUAGAGAGUGCCACGCUAGAGAGUGUCAUGCUAGAGAGUGCCAUGCAUCCCUCAGGUAAAGGGAAGAAAGGGAAAGGCCGGGUUAAGAGUUUCGGAAAGAAGCAGAAGCCGAAGAAGCCAGAAGCAGACAUCCUCAGCCCUGCCGCCAUGCUGAACCUCUACUACAUUGCCCACAAUGUCGCCGACUGCCUGUACCUUCGGGGCUACCCUUGGCCCGGCGCUCCCAAAGGGAGGAAGGGGAAGAGCAAGAUUUAA